UCAAAACUGAAAAGUCUUCGAUUUUUCUUUUUCGGCUUUGCACAAGAUUUGUACAUUAAAAUUUUUUUAUAAAUAUAAAAGUUUAUUAUUAUUUAAUAAAACAAAAUGUCACUCAUUCGAAACAGCCUAAAAACACUUCUAAUUACUUCUCAUCUUACCUCAUAUACGCAAUUAAAUAACACUCGACAUAUAAAAAGAUGGGUUGCCCCAACAUUACGUGAACUUCGUCGUCGACGAGAAAAAAUCGGUACCGAAACGCCACAACCCCGUUCACAAUUCAUUGAAUGGAACUAUCAAUCAGAAUUGUAUGCAUUUGGCAAACGACUAAACGAAGAAUUUGACCUAUCUUCUCUGCGAUCGGCCCUAACCAAUAGAUCUUAUAUUAUAAAAGAAGAAAAUAAACAACGUGAGCUUGGCAUUGAGGAACCCCAACUCAAUCUAACCGACAAUUCAAAACUAGUUGAACAAGGUGCCGCAAUUGUCUCAGAAUAUAUCGAUGCUUUUCUUAAGUAUUCUUUGCCAAAAGUUCCACAAGAAGGUAUUAAAUCAUAUAUAGCGUUUCUUAUGUCGGAAGAAACUCUUGCUCAUGUAUCGAAACACUUGGGUCUUACCGAAUUGGUGUUUUCCUCUGAAUAUCCACCAUCAAACGAUACCAUGGCUAAAAGUUUACUUGCUGUCAUUGGUUCCCUUCAACAAUCUUCGGGUUCACAGAAGGCAUUCAAUUUUAUCCGAGAUUUUAUUUGCACACAACUCAACCAAAAGGAUUUAACUGAAUUGUGGGACAUUCAGAAUCCAGUUGAAUAUUUAAAAGAUAUCUGCAAAGAUUUGAAACUUGCUGAGCCUGAACCAAGGUUAAUUGGUGAAGCUGGCAAGAAUACCGUACUUGCAGCGUAUCAAGUUGCUAUUUAUUCAAAUAAAAAACAAAUUGGUCAAGGAUUUGGUGAAGACAUCGAAACAGCAAUCCAUGUAGCUUCGCUAGAUGCUUUGCGUUCAUUAUUUGGCAUUCAGGACAAUGUAAAACCGUUUGAUUUUUCAAUUCAAGUAGAAGAACUUUCAAGCGCCAAAGCAACAAAACGUCUUCAAAAAUGAUUGAAUUACAAAAAAAAAUUAAAUAAUUAAGAAUUGUUGUUAAAUCAAAAUGUUGUUUAUUUCUUUAGACUACGAAUUGGCAUAUGACUAAAACAAAUUUAUUUAUAUAA